CCAUGAACACCGUCCUGCUCAGCAACCUCUUCUCUCUGCCACGUAUUGUCUAUGCCAUGGCUGCCGACGGGCUCUUCUUCCAGGUGUUUGCCCGUGUUCACCCCCGAACACAGGUGCCUAUGGUGGGCAUCCUGGUGUUUGGGGUCCUCAUGGCUCUCCUGUCGCUGCUGCUGGACCUCGAGGCACUGGUCCAGUUCCUGUCUAUCGGCACAUUGCUGGCCUACACCUUUGUGGCUGCCAGCAUCAUUGUGCUGCGCUUCCAGAAGGCUUCUCCACCCAGCUCCCCAGGCCCGGCCAGCCCUGGCCCCAUAGACAAGGGACACAGCUCCUUCUCAGACCACCUACAGCUGGUGGGUGCUGCGCAGGCCUCAGUCCCCGAGCCUGGGCAGCUGCGAGCAGCACUGAUGCCCUACCUGGGCUUCCUGGGUAGGUGCAGCCCUGGGGCUGCCGUGGCGUGGGCGCUCGGCAUCCUGGUGGCCUCGGCUAUCAUCCUGGGCUGUGUGCUGGUCUUCGGGGACUCAGCCCUGCACCUUCCCCGAUGGGGCUACAUCCUGCUGCUCCUGCUCAGCGGUGUCGUGUUUCUGCUCAGCCUCCUGAUCCUGGGGGCUCACCAGCAGCAGCACCGGCAAGACACUUUCCAGGUACCUCCCCAACCAACACCUGUUGCUCACAGCCCAGCCGGCUCCCUUUGCCCUUUCCUUCUCUGCCAUCCCAGCAUGAACAAGGGCUUAUGGGGCUGGCGAGGCCAGAACAUCUAUCCCCCUCUCUCUCUGCAUGGAGAGGGAACAUAUGUCUCCAGAAUGUCCAGAGAAAGAGAAAGGCUGUGUGACUUCCCGUGAAAUCAGGCCCUGGGCCACAGAUCUUUCCUGCAGCCCAGCCCUGGCCUUGCCCCCUCAGAUCCCCAUGGUGCCCUUGACUCCAGCCCUGAGCAUCCUCCUCAACAUCUGCCUCAUGCUGAAGCUGAGCUACCUGACCUGGCUGCGCUUCUCCAUCUGGCUGCUGAUCGGUCUUGCCGUGUAUUUUGGCUAUGGCAUCUGGCACAGCAAGGAGAACCAGCGGGACCCACCGGGGCUGACCACCACACGCUAUGUGGUGUUUCCCAGUGGCAGCCUGGAGGAGACGGUGCAGGCCGUGCAGCCCCCCAGCCAGGCAGCAGCCCAGGAGCCCGGCAGCACGGAGUAGCUGGCUAGUAUGUGAGGCUGGCUGGGAGCCCCUUCUAUCCAGGGCAGCUUGGACUUACAGGCCUAUUCAGGUCAGGGGGUCCUCAGGAUGUCAGGAGCUUAGCCGAGGUGCUGAACUUCAGGUCUUCGGGGAGUGGGUGGUAGCCCCACGCCUUCCUGUUUAUAACCAACUCCAGCUGCCUGGGCAAGUGGGGUGGGGCAGACAGGGAAGAGGCCCACAACCCCAGGGGUUUAUAAUAAUAACUGGUUGGACAGCCGUGUGGCCUG